GAACGCACCACCACAGUCCUCCUGAUUCUCCAUCUUCCUCGAACCGGACUAAGGACCAACCUCAGUCUUUUAUCCUCUCUAAUAUUCACCCACGGACCAACACUCCAUCAGACUUAACAGAGCACAGUCAUGACGGACUCCAAAUAUUUCACAACAAACAAAAAGGGGGAGAUCUUUGAACUGAAGGCAGAGCUGAAUAAUGAAAAGAAGGAGAAGAGAAAAGAGGCUGUCAAGAAGGUCAUCGCCGCCAUGACUGUUGGCAAAGAUGUCAGCUCUUUGUUCCCAGAUGUGGUCAACUGCAUGCAGACCGACAACCUGGAGCUGAAGAAGCUGGUCUACCUCUACCUGAUGAACUACGCCAAGAGCCAGCCGGACAUGGCCAUCAUGGCCGUGAACAGCUUUGUUAAGGACUGUGAAGACCCCAACCCUCUGAUCCGGGCUCUGGCCGUCCGCACCAUGGGCUGCAUCCGGGUGGACAAGAUCACGGAGUACCUGUGUGAGCCGCUGAGGAAGUGCCUGAAGGACGAGGACCCGUACGUGAGGAAGACGGCCGCCGUCUGCGUGGCCAAGCUUCACGACAUCAACGCCCAGAUGGUGGAGGACCAAGGCUUCCUGGACUCACUGAGAGACCUCAUCGCCGACUCUAAUCCCAUGGUCGUGGCCAAUGCAGUGGCCGCCCUCUCCGAGAUCAGCGAGUCCCACCCCAACAGCAACCUGCUGGACCUCAACCCUCAGAACAUCAACAAGCUGCUGACAGCUCUCAACGAGUGCACAGAGUGGGGUCAGAUCUUCAUCCUGGACUGCCUGUCCAACUACAACCCCAAGGACGAGCGCGAGGCCCAGAGCAUCUGUGAGCGGGUCACCCCCCGGCUGUCUCACGCCAACUCGGCGGUGGUGCUGUCGGCCGUCAAGGUGCUGAUGAAGUUCUUGGAGCUGCUGCCUAAAGAUUCCGACUACUACAACACGCUGCUGAAGAAGCUGUCUCCGCCGCUGGUCACCCUGCUCUCCGGGGAGCCCGAGGUCCAGUACGUGGCUCUGAGGAACAUCAACCUCAUCGUCCAGAAGAGGCCCGAGAUCCUGAAGCAGGAGAUCAAGGUGUUCUUCGUGAAGUACAACGACCCCAUCUACGUCAAGCUGGAGAAACUGGACAUCAUGAUCCGCCUGGCCUCUCAGGCCAACAUAGCACAGGUCUUAGCUGAACUGAAGGAGUACGCCACAGAGGUCGACGUGGACUUUGUGCGUAAGGCCGUGCGAGCCAUCGGACGCUGCGCCAUCAAAGUGGAGCAAUCGGCCGAGCGCUGCGUCAGCACUCUGCUGGACCUGAUCCAGACCAAGGUCAACUACGUGGUGCAGGAGGCCAUCGUGGUCAUCAGGGACAUUUUCCGAAAGUACCCAAACAAGUACGAAAGCAUCAUCGCCACGCUGUGCGAGAACCUGGACUCCCUGGAUGAGCCCGACGCGCGAGCCGCCAUGAUCUGGAUCGUCGGGGAGUACGCCGAGAGGAUCGACAACGCCGACGAGCUGCUAGAGAGCUUCCUGGAGGGCUUCCACGACGAGAGCACCCAGGUCCAGCUCACCCUGUUGACUGCCAUAGUGAAGCUGUUCCUGAAGAAGCCGUCGGAGACUCAGGAGCUGGUGCAGCAGGUCCUCAGUCUGGCCACUCAGGACUCCGACAACCCCGACCUGCGUGACCGGGGCUACAUCUACUGGCGCCUGCUGUCCACCGACCCGGUGACGGCCAAAGAGGUGGUGCUGUCGGAGAAGCCGCUGAUCUCCGAGGAGACGGACCUGAUCGAGCCCACCCUGCUGGACGAGCUCAUCUGCCACAUCGGCUCGCUCGCCUCGGUCUACCACAAACCCCCGAGCGCCUUCGUGGAGGGCAGCCACGGCAUCCACCGCAAGCACCUCCCCGUGCAGCACAGCAGCAUCGAUACGGGCGAGAGCCCGGUGAGCAGCGGGCCGGCGGCCGCCAUGGACCAGCCCCACGUCAUCCCCAGCCAGGGCGACCUGCUGGGAGACCUGCUCAACCUGGACCUGGGCCCGCCGGUCAACGUGCCCCAGGUGUCGUCCAUGCAGAUGGGAGCGGUGGACCUGCUGGGAGGAGGACUGGACAGUCUGCUGGGGGGAGACCUGGGCGGAGGUGUUGGGGGAAGUCCAGCAGUUGGACAGAACUUCAUCCCGUCGUCCGUUCCCAGUACUUUCGCCCCGUCGCCCACUCCGGCGCCGCCGGCCGUCAGCAGCGGCCUGAACGACCUGUUUGAGCUGUCCACCGGCAUGGCCAUCACCACCGGCGGCUACGUGGCCGCCAAGGCGGUGUGGCUCCCCGCGGUGAAGGCGAAGGGGCUGGAGAUUUCCGGGACCUUCUCGCGCCGCCAGGGCCACAUGUACAUGGACAUGACGUUCACCAACAAGGCUCUGCAGCACAUGACCGACUUCGCCGUGCAGUUCAACAAGAACAGUUUCGGGAUGAUUCCCACCAGCCCUCUGCCCAUCCACACGCCACUGAUGCCCAGCCAGAGCAUCGACAUCUCUCUGCCCAUCAACACCAUCGGACCGGUCAUGAAGAUGGAUCCGCUGAACAACCUGCAGGUGGCCGUGAAGAACAACAUCGACGUCUUCUACUUCAGCGUUCUCAUCCCGCUCAACAUAUUCUUCGUGGAGGACGGAAAGAUGGAGCGGCAGGUGUUUUUGGCCACCUGGAAGGACAUCCCCAACGAGAACGAGCUGCAGUACCAGAUCAAGGAGUGUCACCUCAAUGCAGACACGGUGUCGGGGAAGCUGCAGAACAACAACAUCUACACCAUCGCCAAGCGGAACGUGGAAGGCCAGGACAUGCUGUACCAGUCGCUCAAGCUCACCAACGGCAUCUGGAUCCUGGCCGAGCUCCGCAUCCAGCCGGGAAACCCCAACUACACGCUGUCUCUGAAAUGCCGGGCGCCCGAGGUGUCGCAGUACGUCUACCAGAUGUACGACUCGGUGCUGAAGAACUGAGCCGCUCCGCCGCGCCCGCCAAACUGCAGUAUUUUACCUUCGUCUUGUGUCUGCGGCAGACUGCCAGAGCGAGAGAGUCCACACAGCCAGCGGCGUGGGGGCUUCUUCUCUUUCCUUUUGGCAGUCGAAAGCGUGGCUGAAAUCCUCCUAAAUCCACUCCAUGUUUAGAUUCUUACCUCUCUGUGAAAACACGCCAGCCAUUCCAUCCUUAACUUCAGUGUCUUAAUGUUGUGAAGAUGUGAAAUCAAGAUGAAACUGUAGUGAGAAAAGAAUCCGUAGACGCCCCCCCCCCCCACGAAGCUUCGUCACUGCUGAAGGCCGACUCUUUCAAUCUGAAACCUUUUUCCACCUGUUUGAUUUCAGAUUAAAGCUACAAACGCCUCCAUAACCAGGAAAAAGAAAACUUUUAAGUUAUCCUGCCCAUUCCUCCUGCUUCAUUGUUGAUUUUUUUUUUUCAUUUUUCCUACAGAAUUGAGCGAGCUGGAGGCUUCACACUCCUGUAAUCCACUAUCCAGGCUUUAGUUUAAAAGCCUCCUUUCUUUACAACCACUACACACACUGCACAGCUUCACUCGCUGCUUCACACUCCUUCGUCGUCAUUCCUAUUUAUUGUGCAUCUACCUCCGCGUUCUUUAUUUUAAUCGUCACUCCUCUCCCGCACUUCUCACGCCAGUGUUGUUCUUUUGUGACCUUUAUGCCAGUGUGAACUUGUGGAAAGUCGGCCAAAUAAACACAAAAGUGAAAACCCUCCCAGGACCAACAAUUCAUGCAGAUUUUAAGGCCAAUCUCCCUGUUUGGACGGGUUUGAGUCGUGUGUGUGUGUGUAUGAACAGGCCCAGAGCUGUAGUGUUAGUCCAGUGAAGCUGUACUCUGUCUGUUUCAGAUGAAGUUGUGUUGAACACGUUCAAGUUGCCUGCAUGAGCUCGCUGUCAUUUUCAUUUCAGCUGUGGAUUCCCUUCACUCCCAUGUUGUCUCCUUCCUUCUUUUUUUUUUUUUAAACCCCCAACUUGCCUCUUACACUCCCAUAGAUGGAAAUAUAUCCCAACAUGUUGCCAGUAAUGCAGAAUGUACGGUGAGGUCUUUGAAUUCUACAAUAUUUCAAGCAUUCGUUGCCAUAAAUAACCCUGUUGUACAUGAAUUGUUUUUUGUCACAGUUAUCGCAUCUUAUGUCAAUAAAUUGCCAUAACUCA